AGAUAGGUUAGGCCUUUGUGAUUUGACAUCCCCGCUGAUGGAUAAUCACAGCCCUGCCCACAUCAGGACCACAGCAGCCAAUGACAGGUUGCAUUUAAGCCGGACGCCUGUGUGAACAAACCAAUGGAGGCGGAGCUGCAUUGUUUCUCUGCCUGCAUGACUCUGUUCAGUGCGCACAUGUGACCACAGAAGGCGCUUACUGGUAGGCCUAUUUAAACAUCAUCGACUUGGUGCAGAAGUGGACAGCUCCCCCCUAGAGAUUAAAAAAGCAAAACAAAACACAAGUGGCUCCUUUGGCUCCAUAUUCCCAUCCCCGCGUCAUCUUUGAACAUUAACGGACUUAAUUUGCUGCUAACUGGAAACGCGCCGCAGACGACAGCCAGGCGGGUGAAUGACACCUGUAGCUGAAUCCGGAUCUCAGUCUUAUAAAAAGGGGGAGGUUUGAUUGUUUUUACAGCCGUUCAGCAUCCGCGCCCAGCGACAGGGGUGCUCCGGCGCCGUUUGAUCCUGAGUGGGGAAGAGCAAAGGUAGUUUAAAGCCAUUUACCGGCGCAUUAAUUUCUAAGCCGCUCUCUGUGCCUGCUUGCAGGAAGGAAGGAGCAUGGAUAGAGAGGAAUUUGCUCUGACGAGUGCGCUGAGGGGAUUUGUAGAGCUGGAGGUGUGCUGCCGUGGAAAAUAAGGACAGUGGCUGAAGCACCGUCACCAGCAGCUCGCCAUUUCUCUCCAAGCUUCGUUCCUUUGUUAUUUCAUAUUCUUGGCGAGGAUAUAGAUUAUUUAUUCAUUCAGUCAUGGGAAAAGAGGAGUGCAAAACAAUGCUGGACGCUUUGAACAAAGUGACCGCUUGCUACAGGCAUCUGGUCAUCGCCCUGGGAAGCACCUCGGACUCGCAGAACCUGCGAGAGGAGCUGAAGAAGACCCGCAAAAAGGCCCAGGAGCUGGCCGUCGCCAAUAGGACUAAACUGACCGCUCUGCUCAAAGACAAGAGCAUCAGUAAAGAGGACCGGACCGAGUACGAGCGCUUAUGGGUGUUGUUCUCGAGCAGCAUGGAGCUCCUGGAGGUGGACAUGAAAAGGUCCCUGGAAAUAGGGCAGGAUUUCCCCCUCAAGGUGCCGACCAGACACCUCAUCCAGACGGGGAUGACCGGCAGCACCACCACCGUGGCGGCCCGGGCCAUGAGCGUGCAGAACAUGAAGUACGAGGCGGACAGCAACAUCGACACGGCAGACCUCCGGGAACUGCAGUCCGAGAUCUCCCAGGUGAGUCAGAUGAUGGAGGAAAUGGAGAUGAAGGUGCAGGUGGCGCCUUGGGCCGUGGAGGCGAAGCAAGAGGCGGGCGCGGAGCUCAAAUCCAACAUGAGUGUAGGAAAUUCCUCCGUGGGUGUCAUCUCCAUCUGCGAAGAGGAGCCCAAAGAGGAAGAAGGAGGAGGAGGCAACAGGGAUGCUGGCUUCGCCUCCAUCUGCGCUGUGCUCGUCUUCUUCGUCAUCAUCACUGUCGCUGUGGUUCUGGGAUAUUUGGUCAUCAACAUGUCCUGAACUGUCUAACCAACAGCCCACCCCGAUGGACCCUCUGCCAGGCUGCCCACGGGAGCGCCGCCGUGGUCCAGAGCCAGCAGCUGCACAAGAAAGCGAGAAAGAGCUUUUUUUGUGGCUACGAGGGGCACAAUGUUGCGGACACACGAAGUUAUUAAUAUUUCUCGGAUUUGUGAAUGUAUUCGGUGGAGUUGAGGGAGUUGCACUAGAUAAAAUGUAGAACACUGUGUGUGUGUGUGUGUGUGAGAGUGUGUGUGUGCGCGCGUGUGUGUCGGAGGGACUGGACAUCGAACAACAAUUUAAGGUUAAGUAGCCUAUUUUGACGGACGAAGUUGUUGUCGUGUUUUUGGAAGAAGAUAUAAAUAUGGAAAAAGAGUCAUGAAAUUACGUGACAGUGUCUGGCCAUCAGGAUGAUUCAAACAACACGUAAUCCAAGUGGAUUAGUGGAAAAGCUCAAGCGUAAAUGUAGCCUACUGUUAAGUAUUCCCUGUGAUGUUCUGCUGAUUGAUGCUUUCAGUUUAUGAAUUCCAGUCCAGCAAAGUCAGAUGUGCUCAAGCCAGUAGGGGACCAUCUAGUCAGAAAAGUAGUGUCGCUCAUGUUGAAUGCAAACUAAUAGGGCCAGUAUUACAGCUGAACUCCUCACAUCACAACAGUGUGGAAGUGAUCAAAACCUGCACUGUUCCUCACUCCCGUUUGCACAGUUUUAAUGCAUUAUAACAUAUGUACAACCAGAUUGUAGUAGGUCUGCAUCAUUGCUUCAUUGCAUCGAAUCACAAUGUGCUUCAUGAGAGCCUUGGGACCUAAGAGACUGUCCACAGUCUUGAUAAUGCACCAGUUCACUGUAAGCCUGUUUUCUGAUCAGGGUUUUUCUUGCAAACAGUGUUGAAUGUAUAUAAUGCAACACAUGAAUAGAGGGGUUUGUACGUGCAGACCGCUGCAUCAGAUAAUGUACAUACAUAAGUAUAUUUAUUAUAAUAAAAUCUUGAAACAUACUUGAAAAUGUGCUUGCAGAUUGCAGAAAUGCCUCCCGGGAGUUUUACGGGCAGUUCUUAACACACGGAUCAGUGUAUGAAAAUUGAAUGCCACAUUUCUGUGUGAGGCUUUGAGUUAAAGCUAAUGGUUUUUGAUGAGUCCAGUUUGCAAUGAUGUAUUUUAAGAGCAGGAUUAU